CUACCAUUCAAUACCGCUUCUAAGCAUGAGCUUUUUGUAAAUUUUUCUUCUUAUAUUUUUUGUAUUAUUAUCAUUAUACGUAGUCUAGGUUUAUUUAUUUUUUAUUUGUUUUAUAUUAGUUUAUAUAGAUUAAUCGCUGAGAACGCUCAACAUGGCGUGUGCGCAAGUUAUGAAAGAUAAUGAUCUGGCAAGGUUCAGAACUAAAUUAUGUCAACGAUAUUUUUCGGGUAGUUGUGAAUUUAAUGGAAGAUGUCAAUAUAGUCAUAGUGAAAUGCAGCAAAGGCGUCGCUGUCCAUUCCUUCUCCUUAACAAAGAGCCUUUAGUAGUCUUACGUUACAUACCUGUUCUUUGUGAAGAUAUUAAAGUGGAAUGUUUUCGCGGCGUGGGUUGUUCAUUUGCACAUUCAGAAGAAGAAAUUUUAUUUCAUCCGCUCAUUUAUAAACAAAAACUCUGUGCUAAGUAUCACCAAUGUGUAACACAAAAACAGUGUCCGUCUGGAACGUCUCAAUCCAAUUUAACAUGUUCAAAUGGAGGAUGUGAUUUGUAUUAUUGCCCUUUUGUACAUGAACUAAGUGAAAAAAGGAAUAUUUCAAACUAUUCGUACUUUCUUGCUCCAAGCUUUUCUAAAAAACUUUCAAUACCAAUUCCGUUACCUUUGACUAGUCUCCACAUUUCAAAAAUUAACACAAGUCGAUUAAGUGAUGUUAGCCUAAAGGAAACUCCAUGGUUAAGAUGUUUAAUCCUCAUGGAUUCUUCUAAUGAUACCUGCAUUCGUGAUUCAAGCGUGUUUUCUUCAUUUAAUGACAGUUUCAAUUCUGGUUUACCUUCUAGUUCCAUGCUAUCUUGUUCUCAAGACGUAGAAUCAGAGUUAGAAAGUAGUGGGUCGUUAACUAUACCUCUUGAAAAUGUUAAAGAAGGUUCUUUCUAUUUGGCCGCCUCAUAUUUAACAAAAAACGAUAUAUUACUACGUGACAAAGAAAAUAAGUUCAGAUCUUUAGAACAAGAAUCGGUAGAUCCUUGGACUGGCUAUACUCCCGGAAAAACAACAGAAUCGGCAGAAUGCCCAACACUUUUACAUAAGGUUUUCAUGUCAAAUUCAUGUUUACACAACAAAGAGUCGAGUAAUAAAUUUUCAAUUUUAUGGUUGACUCCUGGAAAUAUAAUACAAGUGUUGUAUGUUCAUAAAAAUUUUGAUACUUUUUCCACCACUACACCCUUAAAAACAAACCAUGAUUCUUCAACACCGUUUUCGGCUACCCUUUCAGUAUCAGUCACAGACGAAAAAGACUCCAAAGUAUGUCAAUGGGCUUAUGGAAGAUGUGUGUCUGGAACAAACAAGGGAAAAGAAGGUUGGUUUCCUCUCUCCCUUUGUUUUGGUAUUCCUCAAGACAAAUCGUCUUUUGUAUUUGAACUUUCAAAGUCUGCUUCACCUGAUACACUCAUUAUGCAAAAAUCUGAGAAUUUUAAAAAACAAUUUAAUUUGUUAUUUAACGAAUGGAAUGAAAAAGAGGAAGACGUCACAAAAAAAUAUAAUCCAAUGUUUCAUGACGUGUGGAGUCAAUGGACUGGUCAUAAUCCUAAACAAGACUGUGAUAGCAAAAGUCAUUUUGAAAAUAUUUUGGCUCAGGAACUCUCUGUAUCAAAGUGCUCUACCACAGAAACAUCAAAAAUCCUCUCUGAAUGUUUGGUUGAACAUAAAAAUUCUGAAGAAUCAAAAAUAAACACACAACAUGAAGUUGAUUUCCAAUCUAUCCAAGAUGAACUUCAGCAUAUUCAUGAACAUUUCCGAAAAAUUUUAAUUUCAGAAUUAACAGUCGCUUUAUCAAACGUUCAUUUCAAAGAAAAAGCGGAUUUAAGUUUCUGUAACUUCGACACAACGAAGGAGGGUGCAGUUUGCACACAGAAACUAGAAUUUGAUAUGUGUCAUCAAGAAUUAAUUAAAGGAUCCGUUAAAAAACUUUUAAUCGUUUUGGAACAAUUAAAAAUAUUAAAUAGUAUGAGACAAGGAAAACUUUUAGACGUGGCAACCAUCACACAUAUUGCUAAAACCUUUGAGAGUCAAGAUGGAAAAAUAGAAACAAUGGUUCAAGAGAAAAUUGGAAAAAAUUCUAACCCAUGGACACCGUUUUUUGAUCAGAAAUCAAAUGAACUGUUUUGUGAAUAUCCGCAAAAUGUAAACGAUAAACAGAGUUGUUUAAAAAAGUCAGAAAAUGAAAAAAAAUUAGAUGUUUGUUUCAACAAAAUUGAAAAAGUACCAGUUGAUUUCUUCAGUCCGUGGUCUACCGACUGUACUAAUGAAACGGGGUUUUUUCAACAAAAUAAAGACAACAUGAGUUGUUUUUAUGACAAAUUGCAAUGCAGAAGUAAUCCAUUAGAGCAAAAGCCAAUGAACGGUUUUAUUGAAAAAGUGCAAGACAAUUUUAAUACUGUUUUUAAACCGUACACAAUGGGGACCAUGCCUAGUAUGUUCUCCGAAAAUGAUAUGAAUAAUUUUUUUAACUUCCUUGGAAAGAAUGAAACAAUAUCACAUACUGCGUUAGAUUUAGUUUCAACAACGGAGUCAACGGAAGCAGGAAACACUAAAAGUUUUUCUUUGGACAUAGGGAAAACAAGACUUUUUUCUGACAGCAAUGUCGUUUUGCACAAAUCUCCAUUACCACUCAACAUACAUCUAUAUUAACUUCACGACUAACCACAUAAGUUGUCCAACAUAAACGCCUACCACUGUACAUAUAACACUCUUCUUUUUUUGGUUGAAGAGUACAGACAAAACAAAAUUUAAUUUUAAUUCUUUUGAUUAGCAGGAUGGUUUUUAAUAGUCUUUGAUGAUUCGUUCAUGAUUAUAUGAAGGUUGGGUAUAAAGUUUUUAUUACGCCUUUUUUUUAUUGUUACUCUAGAAUAAAGUCAAGUUUUGGUUGAAUUCUUUUAUAUUGCUACCAAAAGUCCUAUGAAAGAUAGUUUUUAAUUCUUUAAUAACAUGUUUUUGUGUUAAGACUUUCAGUAAAUGUUUUUUAGCCUUUAAGGCCUGUGUAUACAUGAAUAUUUUUUUUUUAUUUUACAUUUUUAUAGUAAUGAUUUAUAUAGUGUUAGCUUAAGAUAAUCCAAUUUUUUUUUUGUAAAUAGCCCUUAGUUUUGGUAUAUUUUUUAUAUGUUUUUUUUGAACAAAAUAAAAUUUUUAUUAAAUGUUUAUAAAAAAAAAAA